AUGGUGAUAUCCUGCGCCCGGCAACCCCUGGCCCCUCCUAGUCUUUGCCUUGAUGGUGUUGCCCUGAGGUGGACAUCAAGCGCAAAGCUGUUGGGUGUCACCCUGGACGCCCAGCUACGUUUCUCCGCUCACGUUGGAGAGGUACAGCUGCAACGGAAAAAGACUGUACUUUCGAGGGCGCGUCGGCAGCUCGGAUUUUGUCUCCGUGUAACCAAGGGGGCUGGACCCGAGACCUUAAGACAUCUCUUCACUGCACUUGUGCUUCCUCAACUUGAGUAUUGCUGCCCCAUAUGGAGCCCCCACCAGGAACACCUUGUAGCGGCACUGGAGAGCGUCCAGCGUCGGGCCGCCUACGCCACCUUGGUUAGGCGGCGCGACACACGCAUAGCACGUUACCGGGAAAUGCGAACGGCCGAUUUACUGCAAGCUGUUGGGUGGAACCCACUUGCCUUACGGCGAGAGGUGGCCUCCCUACGACUGCUGACCAACCUUUUGAUUCUGAACUCAAACCAGUCUGGCGUUGUGCUCCCUUUAAGGAAAAAUCGGACCGGUUCAUUGCAGCCUAUCUUAGCCAGAACUGAGAGGCAUCGCCAGUCUUUUGUUGUGAGGACUGUGACGCACUGGCGAUCAUUGCCACCUAGCUUCACCUUGUGCCCACCCACGGCACGAGACGAAGUGAAGGACUUCUGCCAUAGAGUAACUAGCCAUCUCCGUCAUUCGCUCACAUAGCCUUUGUGCAAGUAUCUAAUUGUUGUUGU